AAAGACGCUCUCACUCUCUUGUUCGUGUUUGCGCACCCGCUCGCACGCCAACUGGUGGAGGUGGAUUCCAAAAUCAAACCGUCCAGGGUGUCGCCGUCGGGGAUGGUUGUUGUGGGUUGUUGGACUUUUGGAGCGGUUUGGUGGAAGGAAUCUCACUGGAUUGGAAAGUCAACUCAAGCGUGCUUUCCGAUGACACAGCAAAAAAGUUUCUAGUUAUGGUUGUACUAUAUAUAGUCGUACUUGUGAAUUGUAAUCUCAAUCGACUGUCCUCGAUGGUGACCGGCACCGCAGACGGUAGGCGGCGAACGCAGCCCUCAGUGGCGGCGGAGCCGAUAUCGGCGGAGUUCAGGGGAUCAAAGGGAUCAGUAGUUCACGGGGUUCUGGCAAUGAUUGUUUGGCUUGGUGGUAUCCACUUCAACAUUGUCGUCGUGGUUGCUUCGUUCCUCUUUCUUUCCCUUCCUCACUUUUUCGCGGUAUUGGGGUUGCUUGUGAUUUUUACACUGAUUCCGAUAGACGAUAAUAGCAAUUUGGGCCAGAAAUUAGCAAGGUAUAUCUGCAAGCAUGCUUGUGGUUAUUUUCCGGUGACCUUACACGUGGAGGAUAUUAAAGCCUUCGAUCCAAACAAGGCCUAUGUUUUUGGGUAUGAGCCGCAUUCAGUUUUGCCCAUUGGUUCAAUUGCACUCAAUGAGCCCACAGGUUUCAUGCGUCUUCCAAAAGUUAAGACCCUCGCGAGUAAUGCUGCAUUCCACACACCAUUCGUUAGGCAUAUAUGGACAUGGAUGGGACUUGCACCUGCCUCAAGAGAAAAUUUCUUGUCUUUCUUGGAUGCCGGUUACAGCUGCAUCAUAGUGCCUGGUGGAGUGCAGGAGAUAAACCACAUCCAACGAGGUUCCGAGGUUGCCUUCCUCAAGUCAAGACGAGGAUUUGUACGCAUAGCCAUGGAGAAGGGCAAACCCUUGGUUCCAGUUUUUUGUUUUGGACAGUCGCACGUCUAUAAGUGGUGGAAGCCCAGUGGGAAACUGUACGGGCAAAUUUGUAGAGCUAUUAAAUUCACCCCAAUGAUCUUCUGGGGAAUCUUUGGGUCUCCCGUACCCUAUCCCCGUCCAAUGCAUGUGGUGGUCGGUAGACCUAUUGAAGUCGAGAAAAAUCCAAAUCCCACCAAGGAAGAGGUCAAUGAAGUACAAAGUCAGUUUAUUGAAGCGCUUCACGACCUCUUUGAGAGCCAUAAAGCGAGGGCUGGCUAUCCGGAUCUUCAGCUGCGAGUUCUUUGAUGAUCAGGGUUCUUCAAUUGCGAAUCGCAUACUUGCGAAACUCUUUUUAUUCCUCCAUACAGUAUAUAAACUAGAUCUUCGUGUUAUUCAUCAUGUUUUCAUGCUUCAUACGGUUGAUUAACUUACCAGACCAAAGGGGCGGAUUCAUUGAGCGGGGGAAGUAGCAUGUGCCACCGCCAAAUCCAAAAUGGGAAAUUUUAGUCGUCGUCGGUCGCAUAAGAGAACAAACACGUGUACCUUUUUUUGGGUGUUGAGCGUAUUGAUGGAUGAUUAGUCUAU